UAAUCCCUAUUUUCAACUUGCGAAAAGAAGAAAAAACAAAGAGAAGGGUCGAUUCGCACAAAUAAAAUAAAGUUGUAAAAAAGACGACCCAAACAAAACGACUCGGCUUCUUUUUAUUAGACCACUCUCUCUUUCUUCUUCUUCAAAUCGGAUCCAAGAUAAACCUCGAUUGAUCUCAAUGUCGAUUUAUGUGCUCUUAUGAUUCUGUGCUCACCUAAUUUAGCUCCAAAUCCCUCGCACUCAGAUUCUUCAAAGCUUUUUUCGAGGUUUUGGAAUAAAAAAAAUGGUGUUGCCGUUGAUGAAACUGGGCACACUCGCCGUCAAAACCAUAAGUAAACCAUUGGCUAGUCAGCUCAAGCACCAAGCUAAGGUUCAUCCAAAGUUUCGUCAAUCUAUCAUCAACUUCGCUCAGAGAAAUCAUCGAAUCACGACGCAAAUGCAAAGACGGAUAUAUGGUCAUGCCACUGAUGUAGAGAUUCGUCCCUUAGAUGAGGAAAAGGCUGUUCAAGCUGCUGUUGACCUCAUUGGAGAGAUCUUUCUCUUUGGGGUCGGUGGAGCCGUUGUUGUUUUUGAGGUGCAGAGAAGUUCACGGUCUGAGGCAAGAAAAGAGGAAGCACGUAAGCAAGAACUAGAGGAGUUGAGAAUAAAAGAUGAAGAACUAGAAAAGCAAGUGGCGGAUCUCAAGAGCAAGCUAGAGGAGCUUGAACAACUUGCUAAGGCACGCGGGUUGAGCGGUAUUUUCCAGUUAAAACCACAGCCCGGUACUACGGCUAGUGGGAAACCAGACAAAUCCAGUUGAAUCAUCAUCAUCAUCUUAUUCAAUCUACAAGACUCGAAUCAAAGUUAACAAUACGC